AUGGGUAGGCUUUGUUUGAAGUUCGCAGUGAUUCUGGGGGUCUUGGCGAUGGCUCUGCUGGUCUCGCCGGCUCUAUCACUGACCUGCACGUCGCAGAAGCUCAGUAACAAAAAUGACUACCCCAACUGCUCCGAUCUCCCGCACCUGGGUGCCUUCCUCCACUGGCACUUCAACGCUUCCAACUCGUCGCUGUCUAUGGCCUUCAUUGCCCCUCCGGCCAAGACAGGCGGCUGGGUUGCGUGGGCCAUCAACCCCAACUCGACCAAAAUGGCAGGUUCCCAGGCGCUUUUGGCCUUCAAACCCAACGGCGGCGCCGUGACCAUCCAGACCUACGACAUCAAGUCCUACAUGUUCAACAUGUCCGGGAUGAACCUCUCGUACCCUGUCUGGGACCUGAAAGCGGAGGAAUCUAGCAGCAACAUCACGAUCUACGGGAAAUGGAAGCUGCCGGCGAAGACGGAGAAGUUGAACCAGGUUUGGCAAGUGGGUCCGGGCAUUACCCCAAACGGCUAUCCGAUGAUCCAUGACAGGAAUCCGGAGAACCUCAAGGCCACGGGGACCCUAAACUUGGUAACGGCAGCGGCUACUAGUCCUGCUUCUGAGCCUGCUGCUGCUUCGGGACCCUCUGGGAGUGCUCCAAGCCCUGGAUCUUCCGGCGGAAACAACGGGGUUUCAAGAAACAGAGACACGGCCAUUUUGAGCUUAUGCAUGCCUUUAUUUGUGAUUCUCGGCAUGUUAUAUGGUUUGAGAUUUGUGCACGAUCAGACAUGGAUUAAUCUUAUUGGUGAGAUGGCCCGAGAUACCCUAGCUAAAUUAUAUGAUGAAUUUAAUGCAAUUAAGGGUGGUACUGCACAUACUACACCUACACCUACACCUACUCCAACACCUCAUCCUGACACCGAGCCAACAAAGAAGUAUAGAUUGGCAUGGACUAAGGCCCUCGCACAUAAUCCCACACUAGUUCGUCAAUAUACGGAGGUGGUUUUAGAGUUAGACAACUAUUUGUUAGGAAAUCUUAUUCAAGAUGAUGAUGGUUUUGACAUAUUAGAAUGGUGGAAGGCGGCAGUAAAGAAAUAUUCAUUUCUUUCUGAGAUGGUCCGCUUUAUUUUGGUCAUUCUUAUUAGCACCGUUGCCUCGGAGUCGGCCUUUAGUACCGGAGAGCGCAUAUUAGAUCAUUUCCGUAAUUCAUUGUCUCCUACAACUAUGGAGGAAUUGAUAUGCACAUAG